AUGUUCACGCAAGACGAAAACCGCCUCACUUAUACCUACGAGCACGAGGUCCUCCACCUUGAGCCAUGGGGUCCCAACGCGUUCCGUGUCCGCUCCCACAAGAGCGAUGCCAUGCCCCCCGAGGACUGGGCCCUCGAUGAGCCUGUCCCUGAGCUCAGUCCUGAGAUCAAAAUUAGCGAUGACGACGCAACCAUCACCAACGGACUGAUCCGCGCCACAGUCUCCCGUCGCGGAAAGAUCACCAUGCACAAUACCAAAACGGGCGCGCUCAUCCUGGAAGAAUAUACACGUACGCGCAUCGACGUGCGCGACCCCAAGACCUCGGCGUUGGGUGUGCAGGCGCGCGAGUUCAAGUCUAUCAUUGGUGGAGACUACUCGCUCACCUUGCGGCUGGAGUCCGUAUCGAAAAAGGAGAAGCUGUACGGCAUGGGCCAGUACCAACAGCCGUACCUGGAUCUAAAAGGCACAGAUCUGGAGUUGGCUCAUCGUAACAGCCAGGCUAGCGUGCCGUUCCUCCUCAGCAGCCUGGGAUACGGACUUCUCUGGAACAAUCCGAGCAUCGGGAGGGCGGUGCUGGGGACCAACAUUAUGUCGUUUUCCGCCUCAAGCACCAAGAAGCUGGAUUACUGGAUCGUGGUAGAUGACACCCCCAGGAAGAUUGUCGAGGCCUAUUGCAAUGUGACUGGCAAGCCGCCUCCGAUGCCCGAAUACGGCCUCGGAUUCUGGCAGAGCAAGCUCCGGUACCAGGCCCAGGAGGAAACGUUGAAGGUGGCGAGGGAAUAUAAGCGGCGGAACCUGCCUCUGGACGUUCUCGUCAUCGACUUCUUCCACUGGCGCGCACAAGGUGAGUGGUCAUUCGACAAAGACUACUGGCCGGACCCCCAAGCGAUGUGUGAUGAGCUGCGCUCCCUGGGAAUCGAGCCGAUGGUCUCGAUCUGGCCGACAGUCGAGCCCGACAGCGAGAACUGGGACGAGAUGGUAGAGAAGGGUCUGCUCAUCCGUAGCGAGCGCGGCUUCAAUCACGUCAUGGACUUUCAGGCAAACACGACGCACUUUGACGCGACCAACCCCGCUGCGCGCAAGUACGUGUGGAGCAAAGCCGCCAAAAAUUACGGUCAGUAUGGCAUCCGCCUGUUCUGGUUGGACGAAGCGGAGCCCGAAUAUGGCCUCUACGACUUCGAUAAUUGGCGGUAUCACCUGGGAUCGUCUCUGGCUAUAGGUAAUAUCUACCCACGACACUACUCGCAGGCCUUCUACGAAGGCGCCACGGCCGGGGACGGGAGUGGGAAAUUCCAGGGCCACGAGCCGAACACUGUCAACCUGGUGCGGUGCGCGUGGGCGGGUAGCCAGAAGUUCGGGGCCCUGGUCUGGAGCGGCGACAUCGCGAGCAGCUGGGGUAGCCUGCGUAACCAGCUCGCCGCAGGCCUGAACAUGGGAAUCGCUGGUAUCUCGCACUGGACAACUGAUAUCGGCGGCUUCCACGGCGGCGACCCAAAGGACACGGAGUUCAGGGAGCUGCUGGUGAGGUGGUUCCAGUGGGGCGUCUUCUUGCCCGUGUUCCGGCUGCAUGGCGAUAGGUAUCCCAAUAAGCCACCGCUAGCUAGCAGUGGUGGUGGUAAAUGCCCAUCUGGUGCGGACAAUGAGGUGUGGUCAUACGGGGAGGAAGUUGGUGUGAUACUGGAGCGGUAUCUCAAGCUAAGGGAAACCCUGAGAGAGUACGUCAGAAGCUUGAUGAAAGAAGCAAGUGAGACUGGUGCGCCCGUGAUCAGAGCAUUAUUCUUGGAAUUCCCCAAGGAUGAUAAGUCUUGGGAGGUGGAGGAUGAGUACAUGUUUGGUGGGAAGUAUCUCGUUGCUCCCAUCCUGUACCCAGGGUUAACAAAAAGGAAGGUAUACUUUCCCGUUGGGGCGAAGUGGAAGGAGUUGGAGGGCGAGAAAGUGUACGAGGGGGGUACAACAUCUGAAGUGGAUGCGCCUCUGGAGCGGUUGCCGGUGUUCGAAAGGAAAUAA